GCAGCUUUCGUAUUCCAGCUGCAGACAAGAUAUUUACAGAGUCAGGGCAUCAUUAUGCCCCAAGUUGUUAUUGGGAUCGCAGCAAAUGUUGUCAACGUGGACAUGAAUACCCUCUUGCUGUGUGCCUUGGACCUUGGAGUGGUAGGAUCAGCCUGGGCCAACACCACCUCCCACUUCUUCCUAUGUGUGCUUCUGUUCCCGUAUGUGUGGUGGAAGAGAAUCCACAUUCACACCUGGGGAGGUUGGACGAGGGAGUGCUUCCAGGAGUGGAGUGCCUAUACCCAUCAAGCCAUCCCUAAUAUGUUCAUGGUGUGCAUCGAGUGGUGGACCUUUGAAAUCAGGACCUUCCUUGCAGGUCUUAUUAAUGUGACAGAACUAGGAGCCCAGGCCGUAGUCUAUCAACUGGCUUCUGUUGCUUAUAUGGUGCCCUUUGGCUUUGGUGUGGCUGCCAGCAUCUGAGUGGGCAAUGUCCUGGGGGCAGGGAAUGCUGAGCAGGCCUGUUGUUCCUGUACUACUGUUCUGCUGUGUACUGGUGUCUGUGUACUUGCAGUGGGAGUUCUGCUGGUAGCCUUGAAGGACGUGGUUGCCUACACAUUCACCAAUGGCAAGGAUAUUAUUUUCCGUGUGCACAAAGUGAUGCCUCUUUCUGCUCCUUUUCGUCUGUUUGGUGCCUUGCAGUAAGGUAUCUGCGGUGGGGUCUUGAGAGGCACAGGAAAGCAAAAGAUUGGUGCUGUCCUCAAUGCCAUCAGUUACUAUGGACUUGGUUUUCCCAUUGGUGUGUCUUUGAUGUUUGCUGCUAAACUUGGGGUAAUAGCUAUGUGCCCGAUUCCUCAGAUUCACCCCAAAUUUCACUGUCAUAGUAAAAUAAACUACUUGAGAUAUAAAGCAGUUGACUGGACAGUGGUUGUGAGGACCAGGUGUGAUUUUACACUGUCACUACUGACCCUGGGCCUGACCCUUCAAAGUGACCUGACCAGGAAUGGGGUACCCUACUUUGUGAAAUUUACCUUCCCUUAG